GCUGCCAACAUUUUGUCUCCUUCGAAACCUACGUUGAACGUUAAACCACUGUCCUAGAUGGGUCUUUUUCUAUAAUCGUGAAAGGUGACUGUCGGUCGGCUGUCAAGUUGUCUGCGUUCCUCCGGAGUCUGCAGGCUGUAGCCCUCUUCUUAGUCGGCAAUACCAUUUUAAUCAGCGUCGGGCACUGUCGAUGCUACAACUUCCACAGGAUACUUUGGCUGUUUCUUUUUCCAGCACGCUGUCUUCGGUUGCAGGUUUCGUGGGAUCCUUUCACUGGCAGCGGCGCUGCUAUGUAAUCGUGAGCGGUGUCGGGUAUGUCAUAGGUGGAUCCAGGAUAAUGGCUUAUUUUCUAGCUGGCAUUCAUGCACAUUCUGCUCAGUCCAAAGAUCCUCCAUCACUUCUUGUUUCGACGGCGCGAGUAUUGCUCCUGUAUCUUCAACGCCAGUACUACUACUUUUCAAUAGCUUAUCGCGGUUCGCCGUGUACCUGGAGGUGCCUGGUGCCAGUCACUGAUUCAUAUGUGGCGACCCCUUUGGACAAUUGCGUGCAGUGACUAUAGCUGACAAUCACCUCUGCUCUGCUCUUCACCCAACUUGAUGGGCACCGUACAAUUUGCUACCGAUCGAUAGCAAUGGUGCUUGCUACAAUAUGGUAGAGGCUUUUGUACAUCCGGAUUCGCGAAAGCUAGAAGUCAUCUGGAUCCUACCGGGACGAUCAAACGAUUGUUUCAUUUUCUGCCAAAUCGGCAAGUUCUAGAAUCAGACAUUCAAUUUGGAUGAAA